AUGAUGGAAUCUAAAAGAGUAUUUAAACGAAAACUUAAGUUUUGUCAAAAUAAUCAGGACCAAAUCAAGAUGAAUAAACUAGCGUAUCAACAUAGGAAUAAAGAUUUUCGUGGGUUUUGGAAGCAUACUAAGCAGUUGAGUCCUAGAACAGGUACCCCGGUGAGCGUUGGAGGUGUGAAUGAGCCGGCGAAAAUAGCCAAUCUUUUUAAAAGUCAGUUCCGGGUUCAGUCUUCUUUACAGUCACCUAUUGAAGUCGAUGCUGAGAUUCAUCACCAGACUGAUGCACCAACUCACGUGCCCGAACGCAUCACCGCUAGGGACAUCACUGUUUUGGUAAAUGGCAUGACUGGAGGAAAGUCACCUGGUCACGAUUGGCUUAGCAUCGAGCACUUUCAACACGCUGGACCGCACUUACCUAGACUGCUGGCGCUCUUUUUCACCCUCUGCAUGAGGCACUCUUAUUUGCCGGAAGAGCUAAUGAGAACGGUCGUGGUACCGAUUUUGAAAAACAAAACCGGCGAUAUUUCGGAUAUGUGCAACUAUCGGCCCAUUUCAUUAGCGACAACUGCGGCUAAGAUACUUGACAGUGUGCUUGAGAGACAGUUAAAAGUACAUAUUAAGUUAAACGAUGCACAAUUUGGUUUUAGACCAAAUCUAUCCACUGAGUGUGCAAUACUGUCGCUGAAGCACAUUGUGGGGUAUUACACUGUAAGGAAUACGCCAGUGUAUGCGGCCUUCCUGGAUCUUUCAAAGGCUUUCGAUCUUGUCAGGUAUGACAUUCUGUGGGAUAAAUUGCGAAAGGCUUGUCUACCUGUCUCGUACAUUAGCAUUUUUAGCUAUUGGUACGGUCAUCAAAUUAAUCAGGUCAGGUGGUCUAAUGCACUGUCGGACGAGUAUAGGUUAGAAUGCGGUGUGAGGCAAGGGGGGUUAACCUCACCUACACUUUUUAAUCUAUAUAUAAAUGAACUGAUUGAUAGACUCGGGAGUGCACGUGUCGGAUGCUCUAUUGAUGGACUCUGCAUCAACAAUAUCAGUUACGCAGACGACAUGGUGCUUCUGAGCCCGUCAGUCAGUGCACUCAGACGGCUUUUGAUCAUAUGUGAGGUUUAUGCAGAAGCCCACGGUUUAAAAUAUAAUGUUGCAAAGAGUGAGCUCAUGGUGUUUAAGGUGGGCACGAAGAAACCUAAUUUCGUACCGCCUGUAACUUUAGGGGGUGUUGCACUUAAACGAGCAACCGAAUUUAAGUACCUCGGCCAUGUGGUUACCGAAGAUUUAAAAGAUGAUAAGGAUAUUGAAAGAGAAAGGAGGGCGCUGGCUGUCCGCUGCAAUAUGCUGGCCCGCCGGUUCUCACGUUGUACAGUCGAGGUAAAACUUAUUUUAUUUAAGGCCUAUUGCCAAUCCCUCUAUACGUGCGCCUUAUGGGUCAGAUUUACUCAGCGGGCAUACAACACCCUACGUAUACAUUAUAAUAACGCUUUUAGAUUGUUGCUGGGGCUCCCACGUUACUGUAGUGCAUCAGGUAUGUUUGUUGACGCCCACAUAGACAAUUUUUCAACACUGAUUCGCAAAAAAACUGCGUCACUGAUGCACAGGGUUCAUGAGAGCGCCAACAGCAUUCUUAACGUAAUUAGCGAGAAACCCGAUUGUACUUUUUUGAGGCACUGGAUGCAUGUUCAUGUCCAUGUAUCCGUUGCCUCGGACAGGCAACCCAGAUAUAUGAAGUAA